AUGCUACUCUGGGUAGCUACCUGGCUCGGCGACUCCUCCAAAUCGGUGUCACGGACGUUUUCUCUGUGCCCGGAUUCUUCACCAUACUAUCGGGAGUGCUUUCAGAACGUCACUUGCUAUCAGGUUGUGAUAAAUAAUCUAGAAGAUGGCAGUGAGUUAAUCGACACGGCAAUUUCAACAGCCUUGAAAGAAAGCAAGCCUGUUUACAUAAGCAUAAGUUGUAACUUGGCUGGAAUUCCUCAUCCUACUUUUAGCCCUGAGCCUAUUCCGAUUUCAUUGCCUCCCAGAUUCAGUAAUCAAAUGGCCUUAGAGGGAGCAGUUGAAGCAGCAGCAGACUUGUUGGACAAGGCAGUGAAAACAGUUAUGGUGGGUGGGCCUAAACUCCGAGUUGCACAAGCAGCUGAUGCUAGUUGUUAUGCUCUGGCUGUGAUGCCUUCAGCAAAGGGGCUUGUUUUCAAUGACUACAGCUCUGUUGGGUACUCAGCCCUUUUGAAGAAAGAGAAGGCGGUCAUAGUGCAACCGGAUAGUGUGACCAUCGAAAAUGGCCCUGCAUUUGAGCCUUUGAGGGUUAAUGUUCUGUUCCAACACAUCCAAAAGAUGUUGUCAAGUCAAACAGCUGUGAUUGCUGAGACAGGGGACUCAUGGUUUAACUGCCAGAAACUGAAAUUGCCAUCAGGUUGCAGGUAUGAAUUCCAAAUGCAAUAUGGAUCAAUUGGUUGGUCAGUUGGAGCAACUCUUGGAUAUGCUCGGGCUGCACCUACAAAGCGAGUGAUUGCUUUCAUUGGUGAUGGGAGCUUCCAGGUGACUGCACAAGAUGUGUCAACGAUGACGAGAAGUGGGCAGAGGAGCAUAAUAUUUCUGAUAAACAACGGAGGAUACACAAUUGAAGUUGAGAUCCAUGAUGGGCCCUACAAUGUGAUCAAGAAUUGGAACUACACUGGACUGAUUGACGCCAUCCAUAAUGGGGAAGUCAAAUGCUGGACAACCAAGGAUGAUACCAGCAAAGAGUUGCUUCAAUGGGGGUCUAGGGUUGCUGCUGCCAAUAGAAAUCAUGAAAAUAAAUCCACUAUUAUUGAAGCAACACUUUGCUGGUAUCAUCCUUGUGAACAAUCACCUUAA